AUGUUGACUUACUGCGAUGAGGCGUUCAAGAGGAAAGAGCAUCUCGACCGCCAUCUUCGACGUCAUCUGGGCUCGAAACCUUUCCAAUGCUCGGUUUGCCCGAAAGCCUUCUCUCGGAAAGACGUCCUCAAUCGACACCUUACAACUCAUGAGUUGAGCUCCGCGAAUCCUUCGUCACCAAGGCGACCCGGCAAGAAACCGCAAGCGUGCUUUUCAUGUUCAAAGGCAAAACAGCGUUGCUCAAAAGGAAAGCCUUGUCGCUUAUGCGCAAGCAAGGGCAUCAGCUGCCGUUACCCGGCCGAUGGAGGUGCCUCCGAUGGGGUAGCGACCCCCGGCGGCCAGUCCGACGGUUCCGAAAGACCGGCAUUUGACGCCGGGGAACAACGCACUUUGCCCGAUGCAUCUUCCUCUGCAACGGCCACAAUGCCGACAGACGACCAAUACGAACGCCUCGUACCUGCUGCAGAAACCCUUGUAACUCUAAACGAGCCUGGGACGAAUACCAACGCCGAAGUCAACCCGAUGCCAAGCUAUGGAACGGCAGCGUCUCCAGUUAGACAGCCAAUCAACGUCGUAUCUGAGUCCGAACCUUUCUCCACAUCUAUAAAUCCCAUCGGGGUCGAAAGUACGCAUGCCUUGAACUCGGCAUUUGUCUCCUUCAACCAGUCUUUCCUAUGGUCUUUCAACCAAGACCUCUGGGGUCACGAGCUCCCUGGACCCGUGCAAUCGUCUGCAGAGGAUAACAGCGGAGCAUUCAUUCAGGAAGAUCAAUCAGCAGUCGCCGUACAUCUUGAUCCAGCCUUCGUUUCCACCCAAAGCGCACAGUCUUGUGCUUUUUGCGAGGAUUGUCCCUCGUUCCCAUCACUGGAACCGAAUGAUGAGGAAGUUAUACUUGCAGAGGACUUUUGCCAUGUUAGUAAGAUCAAUGGUCACGAAAAGUUGGUGAAUUUCUUUCAGGAACAGAAGCCACCCGGCGACAGACGGUUUCCCGAGGCGAGAGUGAUUCACACAUUCGUUCAGCUCUACUACGAGUACUUUGAUCACCAGUUUCCCUGCAUUCACCCAACGGUGCUCGCGAAUGGCGACGAGUCGUGGGUCUCUCUUCUCGCCGUUGCAGCCGUCGGCUCACAGUACUCCUCCAUCUCAAACUCUGAGCAGUACCAUAAAGGAUUACAGGAGCUUCUUCAUCGAGCGGUGGCGGUCUACAAACCGGAGCCAUACCGAAGCCCAAGUUUACAAAUAGUCCAGAGCACGCUUCUCAGCUUGGUGUGCCUGCAGUUCUCGGGAUCUCAACGGAGGUCCAUGAGAGCGGAAUGGCGAAGGAGCCAAUUGAUAUCCUUGUGUCGCUUCGUGGUCAGCCUUCGGCGCAGGGGGUCCAACGAACCGAACCCCGCCCCCGACCACGAACAAGACUGGAGCGGCUGGCUUGCCGCCGAGUCACGGGUUCGACUGGUUCAUUGUCUCUACAAACUAGAAUGCCUCCAGCUUACUUUCUUGAGCCUGCCGCCGAUUUACAAGCUUCAUGAACUCACCGAUAGAUUCCCUGCACAUGAAAACGUCUGGGGAUGUCGAGACUCCGAAAGCUGGCGAGAGAAGAGUCAGUCUCCAGAAGUGAGGGCAGCAUGUCACAUCGAAUUAGACCUCUCAAACAAGCAUGAAGCAAUCGCGAAAAUGGGAUCAUUCGCUCGACAAAUGCACAUGCUUAGCCUCUACACAGAGGAAACGGUUCUACACUACCAGCUGUUGUCUCCUCUGUGGAAGACACUAAUAACAGGGAUGUCCAACCCAGUGGAUACCCAGACAAACAUCAACACCUUGCUCACAAACGCCGCGACAUCUGUGAAUGAUGCGUUCCAGACAUUAUGGGAGAGAUCCAGCUCGAAACCGGAAUCACCAGAGACCUGUGCAAUGCUCACGUACUAUCAUGUCCUGUCCAUCCUGCGGCACGUGCCGCUUCGAAAGCUCUACGAGUUCUCCGGAUGGCAGGUCACAGAUCCCCAAAUUGAAGCGGCGCGAGAUUAUCUACAGAAAUGGAUGCGAAACAAGCCCUCUGAGGCUCGGAGAUGUUUCUGGCAUGCGGCAGCGGUCUUCAGGAUCCUUAGAAACAAGACACACUUUGCAUGCGACAGCCCUUUUUGCCAUUUGGUGGUCACUAUUUACAUCGGGGCCUUUGAUCAGUUUGCGCAACUCAAAGAAGGCAUGUCGCCUGAUGAUGCGACCACUUUUGUUGGGGUAGAUCGACCAACGAGAGUUGAUCUCCUGCAAGAUAAAGAAGAAAUUGAGGCGUGGCUGGAGAGUGGAAGCUCGAGUGUUCAUAUCACGGGCGUAGGGGUUCUGAAGAGCACCAAGAGUAGCGCUCGGUUGAUCUCCGAGUGUCGGAGGAUUCUUUUGUCUGCCAGUGGCUGGCCAUCGUUGUGUCGUUUCCAGGCUGGGGCUUGGGAACGGGUUUCUGCGGGUAGUCGGCCUCACGACUGGAGUGAAGCGUAA